CGCGGACGUGAAGGAGAGCACGCACGUCAACGUGAAAACCGGACGACACAAGUGCGAGAAGCCGCCAUUUUCUUUGCGUCUUCAGAUGAAAGCGAGUGAAAUUCUGUCUGAAAGGCUUUCAGUCAGUUAAACUGAGUUUACCUCACGGCCAAGUGAGAGCCGUGCUCCGCCUCAGGAGAGAUCCCUUGCUCGGUGAACAGGAGAGCACGCGCUUCGAAGCUGGGAAGGAAUAGGAUGGAUGAAUAUGUGAAGACCAAACUAAAAGAAUGGAAUCUUGAAGAGUUAAUUCCCAUAUUUGAAGCUGAGAAGAUUGAUCAAGAAACCCUCCUUCUUUUAGAUGAUGUCACACUGACUUCUCUUAUCCCUAUUAUUGGACUUCGAUUAAAAUUCAAGAAAUACCUCAAGAAUGUGCUUGAUGAAUCGACCAAAGAGCCUGCAACUACAGCUACUGAACCAAUGGAGCAGCAGCAGGGUCCUGAGCACAGGAAAUCAGUGGAGCAAGUAGCAGCAUUUAAUGUAAGAGACAUCCUUGCAUCAGCAUCCUGUGGCAGUGGUAUUGUGGAUAGCAUUGAAGAAAAUAACUGCAUUUCACUUAAAGAAAGACAAGCCAUGGUUCGUAUCUUGGUCUCCCAUCUAAUUGAGUGCUAUGGAGAAAAUCCAAGUGCAGCAACAAAAGUCAUGCUGGCUUCAUCAGUAGUCGAACAAUUUCCAUGCCUUAAGGAUUGCCAGGGUAAAGGAUAUGAAGCAUGGUUCAGUCCAGGUAGAGUUCACAGACCUGCAACAGGCUUCCUGGAGGAGCGUCUUCGGAAUGUGCGCAAAAAGAUCCGAAGAGGAAGACAAAAAAUGAUUUCUUCAGAAAUCCCAACAUGCAGCAGCAGUUUUACUUUGUCAGAGUCAAAUGUGGACUCAGAAAGAGCGACUCAAAUGACAGAGUGGCUAAAAAAUAAUAUCUGGCCAGCCAGUCAGGUUGAGCAUUACAUGAAAGAGACCGUGAUCCAAAGGGCAAAGUGGAUUCGUGACCAUGGAUCCAAGACCAUAAUGGAAAUAGUCAAAGAGUAUCCACGUCUCCUUGACACUCCAGGCAUGAUAUCCCAGGAUUUUUUAAUUUUGAAUCCAGACUCUGCUUCAAAACUCACAGAAAAUUGGGUACCUGUGUUUAAGGAUAAGAUUCUACAGUUUGCCAGCAAAGAGAAACAAGCUCUUGAACUACUUCAAAACAUUGAAAUGAUGUCAUCAGAGAGACAGAGUGACAUUGCCGUGCAAGUCCUGCCAGUAGUCCUUCCAACACAUGUGUACAAAAUUGGAAGAAAAAUGUGCAGACCAACUUUCCUAGAAACCAGGAGGGCCUUCAUAGACAUACAGCCUAUUGGGACCAAUAUGGCUGAGUAUCUGCGUUCAAAAGAGUCCAUUGAAUUCCCUUACAUUCUCAUGCUUGGAGACAACCAGUGCUUUCAAGCCUUCACCAUUAUAAAUGGAGCAGCACUUCAGCAAAGUACAUUACUGGCUGCACUGGAUGUUUGCUUUAAAGCAUUCUACAUCUUUGAUAUAAACUACCCCAAGCAGUGUUCCCUGGUGUGGCAAUUUCUACAGACUGUGGUGUAUGGACUUCCUGGGGAGGAGACACCAGCAGUAAGAGUUCUGCGAGCAUUCAUUUUUGCAGACAAACUGUAACUUAUUUAUUUAUUUUUUUACUGUGACCUAACUGCUUUAUUGGAUUCUGUGUUCUUUAACUUGCACACUGUUACAUGAAAUGUUUACAUAUUUCAUAUAUUUAAUUCUAUUUUUCUCAUACAACAUUACAAUUACAUUGCAAUUGAGAAG